UACAAGGAAGAUUACAAUAAAAACGUGAAGGGUCAGUGGUGUGAGACACCCUACUUCGACAUAGCCAUUGCCAGGAUGGCUAUGGAUAACCUCAGCGAUAGAAAAUACACUCAACAUUUUGAAGAUACGAAAGACCAAAUUUAUUUCAUGCAAACGGAAACGCCUGUUUACAGCACGUGCAAGAAGGCUCGCAUUGCUGCCAGUGAGGUCCAAUACAAGAAGGAGUAUGAAAAGACGAAAGCGCAGUGUGACUACAACACGCUCCCCGCCACAGAGAAUCCACUCCUGAGACAGCUCAGAUAUGCUGGCACCAUCCUCAGUGAUAAAGUAUACAAGGCCAGCUACGAGAAGUCCAGAGGUUUCAGCAUCAACUACUGCGAUACUCCGAAGUUUCAGAUGGACUCAGUACUUAAAAAGUUCUCUGACAUCCGUUACAAAGAGAAGUAUGACAACGAGGUGAAGGGCCACUACGUUGGCAGCUAUGAAGACCUCUACAUGCUGCACUGCCAGAAAGUUGAGGAAAUGAAGAACGAGCAAUUAUAUAAGGCGGACUACGAAGAUAUAAAAACCAGAUGCUUCUUUCCUCAAACGGUUACACCUGAAUACGAAGCCCUGAAGAAGCUUCAGAAGUGUAACGAUAAAGUUUACCGGCAAAAUCCAGACACAGUGAAGUUCACGCAAGUUGACGAUUCGCCAGUCCUUGUUCAAGCCAGCAUCAACGCCAAACAGCUAAGUGACUUAAACUACAAGGCAAAGCACGAGCAGACAAAGUUCAAGUACAGUCUCCCCCCAGACUAUCCCUUCUUCAUCCAGUCCAGAGUCAACGCUUUUAACCUGAGUGAUAAUUGCUACAAGUACGAUUGGGAGAAAACCAAAGCAAAGAAGUUUGAGAUCAAGGGCGAUACCAUUUCGAUCCUCGCUGCUCGUGCUCACACAAACAUUGCCAGCGAUGUCAAGUAUAAAAAGGAAUUUGAGAAGAACAAGGGGCAGAUGGUUGGAGCCCUCAGCAUCAACGACGAUCCAAAGAUCCUGCACUCCGUUCAUGUGGCUAAAAUCCAGAGUGAUCGGGAAUACAAGAAGAACUACGAAAAAAUAAAGACCAAGUAUCAUACACCGCUUGACAUGAUAUCGGUCACCUCGGCCAAGAAAUCCCAGGCUAUUGCCAGCAUGCGCGGCUACAGGAGCAUCAGCACCAACUACUUCCUCCCUCAUGACAGCGUGCAGCUGGACCAGGCCAAGAAAGCCAACAUCAUCCAGAGUGAUAAUGACUACAAGUCUGAGUACAACAACUAUGUUAAGGGAAUGCCGUGGAUUCCGUACGGCUCCAUGGACGUGGAGAAGGCAAAGAAAGCUGCUGAGAUCCUCAACGAGAAAAAGUACAGACAGCAUCCAGACACCAUCCCAUUUACAUCUAUCGAUGACCAUCCCAUAAUGCUGCAGGCCAAAGUCAACCAGCUUCAGAGGAGCGAUUUGUUCUACAAGAGAGGACUCGAGGAGAUCCAUCAAAAAUACUCUCUGCCUCCUGACGUCCCAGAGUUCCUGCAGGCCAAAUGCAAUGCUUACAACAUCAGCCAGAACUACUACAAGUACGCCUGGCAGGAGCUGAUUGCUAAAGGCUAUGACCUGAAGCCUGAUGCUAUCCCUGUAGUAGCUGCCAAAGCAGCCAGACAUGCUGUCAGUAAUGUCCAGUACAAAAAAGCUUAUGAGAAGGCAAGAGGCCACCAUGUUGGUUUCCGCAGCCUUCAGGACGAUCCCCUCCUGGUCCACUACAUGCAGGUGGCUAAGAUACAGAGCGACAAGCUCUACAAGAAGGACUACCACAAGUCCAAGCUGAAGUAUCACACUCCAGUGGACAUGUGGAGUGUAGUUCAAGCCAAGCAGGCCUCGACUGUUCAGACUAUGAUGGGAUACAGACAGAUCCAGCACACUAAUCUGCUCCUCCCUGGUGCCAUGAACCUGGAACUGGCUCGUAACAUGCAGUUUAUCGCCAGUGACAAUGAGUACAAGAAGGAUUACGACAGCUACAUGAAGGGAAUCGGAUGGGUUCCGAUUGGUUCGCUUGAUGUGGAAAAAGCAAAAAUAGCCGGAAAAAUUUUAUGUGAGAAGCACUACCGUCAGCACCCCAGCAACUUUAAAUUCACCAAAGACAUGCAGUCGAUGGAUCUGGCUCUGUGCACUGCAAACAACCAGAUUAUGGAUAAGAAAUCCUACACAAAAGACUGGGAUAAAGACAAGACGUCAAUCCACGUCAUGCCAGAUGCUAUGGACAUUGUUCUAGCCAGGGAGAACAGGAAACACUACAGUGAGAAACUAUACAAAUUGGAUAACGAGUUAGCCAAGAAGAAGGGCCAUAAUGUUCGUGCUGAUGCUGUUGCAAUUCAGGCCGCUAAAGUCUCCUCUGUUAUUGCUAGUGACUACAAGUACAAGACAGGGUACCGUAAGCAGGUCGGUCACCACAUCGGUGCCCUCAGCAUCCGGGAUGACCCUCUGCUCAUGCUGGCUCUGAACUCGGCCAAGAUCGCCAGUGACGCUCUGUACAAGAAGGACUUCAACAAGUCCAAGACCAAGUUCCACCUGCCAGUGGACAUGUUGGCCUUUGAGCUUGCCAAGAAGAAUCAGAUUCAGGUCAACCAUGCCAAUUACAUUACACGUCUGCACAACUGGACCUGUCUGCCAGACUCAAACGAUGUGGUCCAGGCCCGACAUGCAUACAACAUACAAAGUGAUAAUAUGUAUAAGGAGGAUAUGAAGAUGAUGCAGGGCAUCGGAUGGGUGCCUAUAGGCUCACUGGAUGUUGAGAAGGCGAAGAAAGCUGCUGAGGUCCUGAGUGAGAGAAAGUACCGUCAGCAUCCAAGCAACUACAAGUUCAAAUGCACCACUGAGGACAUGCCCAUGGCACUGGCUAAGGCCAAUGCUCAAAUUAUGAACAAGAAAGCCUAUACUGAAGCCUGGGACAAAGACAAGACCAGCGUUCACGUCAUGCCUGAUGCCAUUGACGUCGUUCUGGCCAAAGCAAACAAAGUCAUCUACAGUGAGAAACUGUACAAGCAGGCGAAUGAAGACGCCAAGAAGAAAGGAUAUGACAUGCGCAAUGAUGCCAUUUCAAUUAAAGCAGCAAAAGCCUCCAGGGAUAUUGCCAGCGAUUACAAGUACAAGACAGGAUACCGUAAGCAGGUCGGUCACCACAUCGGUGCCCGCAGCGUGCAGGACGACCCUCUGCUCGUGCUGGCUCUGAACUCAGCCAAGAUCGCCAGCGAUGUUCUGUACAAGAAGGACUUCAACAAGUCCAAGACCAAGUUCCACCUGCCAGUGGACAUGCUGAUUCUUGAACUGGCCAAAAAGAACCAGAUCCAAGUCAACGACUUCAACUACAGAACCCACCUGCACCAGUGGACGUGUCUGCCGGACUCCAACGACGUGGUCCAGGCCAGGCAUGCGUAUGACCUACAGAGUGAUGCUGUGUACAAAGAGGACCUAAGGUUGAUGCAGGGUAUCGGAUGGGUGCCUAUAGGCUCACUGGAUGUCGAGAAGGCGAAGAAAGCUGCUGAGGUCCUGAGUGAGAGAAAGUAUCGUCAGCAUCCAAGCAACUUCAAAUUCAAGUGCACCUCUGAGGACAUGCCAGUAGUGCUCGCUAAGGCCAAUGCACAGAUAAUGAACAAGAAAGCCUACAUUGAAACCUGGGAGAAAGAGAAGACCAAGAUCCAUGUCAUGCCUGACGCCAUGGAUGUGCUUCUUGCCAAAGCUAACAGUUACAACUACAGCUUGAAAAGGUACAAGCAGGAAAAUGAAGACGCCAAGAAGAAGGGCUAUGACAUGCGCAACGAUGCCAUUUCAAUCAAAGCAGCAAAGGCCUCCAGGGAUAUUGCCAGCGAUUACAAGUACAAGACAGGAUACCGUAAGCAGGUCGGUCACCACAUCGGUGCCCGCAGCGUGCAGGACGACCCUCUGCUCGUGCUGGCUCUGAACUCAGCCAAGAUCGCCAGCGAUGUUCUGUACAAGAAGGACUUCAACAAGUCCAAGACCAAGUUCCACCUGCCAGUGGACAUGCUGAACCUGGAGCUGGCCAAGAAAUGCCAGAUCCAAGUCAACGACUUCAACUACAGAACCCACCUGCACCAGUGGACCUGUCUGCCGGACUCCAGUGACGUGGUCCAAGCCAGGCAUGCUUAUGACCUCCAGAGUGAUGCUGUGUACAAAGAGGACCUAAGGUUGAUGCAGGGUAUCGGAUGGGUGCCUAUAGGCUCACUGGAUGUUGAGAAGGCGAAGAAAGCUGCUGAGGUCCUGAGUGAGAGAAAGUAUCGUCAGCAUCCAAGCAACUUCAAAUUCAAGUGCACCUCUGAGGACAUGCCUGUAGUGCUGGCUAAGGCCAAUGCACAGAUAAUGAACAAGAAAGCAUACAUCGAAGCCUGGGAGAACGAGAAGACAAAGAUCCACGUCAUGCCUGAUGCUAUGGACAUUCUGUUAGCCAAAGCCAACAAUGUCAACUACAGUGUGAAAAAGUACAAGCAGGCAAAUGAGGAUUCAAAGAAGAAGGGCUACGACCUGCGUGGCGAUGCUGUAUCCGUUCUUGCAGCCAAGGCAUCUCGAGACAUUGCCAGUGAUUACAAGUACAAGACAGGAUACCGUAAGCAGGUGGGUCACCACAUCGGUGCCCGCUGUGUCCAAGAUGAUCCUCUCAUCAUGCUGGCUAUAAACUCAGCCAAGAUCUCCAGCGAUUUUCUGUACAAGAAAGACUUCAACAAGUCCAAGACCAAGUUCCACCUGCCAGUGGACAUGCUGGUUCUUGAACUGGCCAAAAAAUGCCAGAUCCAAGUCAAUGACUUCAACUACAGAACCCACCUGCACAACUGGACGUGUCUGCCGGACUCCAACGACGUGGUCCAGGCCAGAACUGCAUAUGACCUCCAGAGUGAUGCUGUCUACAAAGCUGACCUGAAGUGGCUGCAGGGUCUGGGCUGGGUCCCCAUUGGCUCACUUGAUGUGGAAAAAGCCAAGAAGGCUGGAGAGAUCUUGACUGACAGGACGUACCGCCAGCAUCCCAGCACUAUUCAUUUCACUAGCCCCAUUGACGCCAUGGAUAUUGUGCUGGCAAAGAAUAAUGCCUUGACGAUGAACAAGCGCCUCUACACAGAAGCAUGGGAGAACGAGAAGACCAAGGUGCACGUCAUGCCGGACACUCCUGAGAUUAUUCUCUCUCAACAAAAUGCUAUCAACAUGAGCAAGAAACUUUACAGACAAGGUUUUGAGGAGACCAUCAGUAAAGGCUACUUCCUUCCUCCAGACUCCGUCUCUGUCAAGGCUGCUAAAGCUUCCAGGGACAUCGUCAGCGAUUACAAGUACAAGACAGGAUACCGUAAGCAGGUUGGCCACCAUGUUGGUGCCCGCUGUGUCCAAGAUGAUCCCCUCAUCAUGCUGGCUCUGAACUCAGCCAAGAUCGCCAGUGAUGCUCUGUACAAGAAAGACUUCAACAAGUCCAAGACCAAGUUCCACCUGCCAGUGGACAUGCUGAACCUGGAGCUGGCCAAGAAAUGCCAGAUCCAAGUCAACAACUUCAACUACAGAACUCGCCUGCACCAGUGGACCUGUCUGCCGGACUCCAAUGACGUAGUCCAGGCCAGGAAAGCCUAUGAUCUUCAGAGUGAUGCUGUAUACAAAGCUGACAAGGAUGAGGUCAUUGGCGUAGGGUGGAUCCCCAUUGGUUCCCUGGAUGUGGUGAAGGCCAAGCAUGCUGCAACGAUUCUCAGCGAUCAUCUGUACAGGCUGAAACCAAACACACUGAAGUUCAAGACCGACAUGACCUCCAUGCCCAUGGUCCUAGCUAAAACUAAUGCUGAAACCAUUAAUAAGAGAAACUACAUCGCUGCAUGGGAAGCAGAUAAAAUCAAGACCCAUGUGACCCCUGACAUUCCUGAAAUAUUGCUUUCUAAAGCUAAUGCCUACAACAUCAGCAAUAAAAUCUACAGGGAGGCAGUUGAGAAGAUGUUCCGAAAGGGCUAUAAUAUGAUGCCCGAUGCUGUCUCCGUUAUUGCUGCCAAACAUGGAAGAAAUAUCAUAAGUGAUUACAAGUACAAGACAGGAUACCGUAAACAGCUUGGGCACCACAUCGGCGCCCUCAGUGUCCAGGAUGAUCCUCUCAUCGUGCUGGCUCUGCACUCAGCCAAGAUCGCCAGCGAUGUUCUGUACAAGAAGGACUUCAACAAGUCCAAGACCAAGUUCCACCUGCCUGUGGACAUGCUGAACCUGGAGCUGGCCAAGAAAUGCCAGAUCCAAGUCAACGACUUCAACUACAGAACCCACCUUCACAACUGGACCUGUCUGCCAGACUCCAACGACGUGGUCCAGGCUAGAAAGGCUUAUGACCUCCGAAGUGAUGCUGUGUACAAGGCUGACAUGGAAUGGAUCAAGGGAACUGGAUGGGUGCCGAUUGGUUCACUGGAUGUGGAGAAGGCCAAGAAAGCAGCAGAGAUCCUGACUGACAGGAAGUACCGGCAGCAUCCCAGCAAAUUCAAGUUCACUGCUAGCACAACGGACAUGCCAUAUGCCCUCGCUCAGGCUAAUGCUCAAAUCAUGAACAAGAAAGCCUACAUCGAGGCCUGGGAGAAGGACAAGACCAUGAUUCAUGUCAUGCCGGACACUCCAGAAAUCAUUCUGGCCAAACAGAAUAAACUCAACACCAGUCUGAAAUAUUAUCGUGAAGGUUUUGUUAACACCAUCAACAAGGGUUACUUCCUUCCCAAAGAUGCCGUUUCUGUUCUGGCAGCCAAAGCAUCUCGUGAUAUCGUCAGCGAUUACAAAUACAAGGCUGGUUUCCGCAAGCAGUGCGGCCAUCACAUUGGUGCCCUCAGUGUUAACGAUGACCCGCUGAUCUUGUUGGCUGCUCAUGUAGCCAAAAUCUCCAGUGACAAUGUCUAUAAGAAGGAUUUCAACAAGACCAAGACCAAGUACCACCUCCCAGUUGACAUGCUAACGAUUGAACUGGCCAAGAAGUGCCAGCAACAAGUCAAUGACUUCAACUACAGAACUCACCUUCACCAGUGGACUUGCCUGCCAGACUCCAACGAUGUGGUCCAGGCACGAAAGGUCUACGAGUUACGGAGCGACGCUGUUUACAAAGCUGAUCUGGAGUGGCUGAGAGGAUGCGGCUGGUCGCCUCAUGACUCUGUGGACGUUGUCAAAGUUAAACACGCUCAGACCGUUCUUAAUGACAGACUCUACCGCCAGCACCCGAGCACCGUCAAGUUCACCAGCGUCGCCGACCUCCCAGCUAUCGUCUUAUCCAAGCAAAACGCUGACAUCCUCAGUGACAGGAAAUAUAGGGAAGUCUGGGACAAAGACAAGCUUGUCAUACAUAUUCCACCUGACAUCCCCCCUUACGAACUGGCCAAGGCCAAUGCAAUCAACGUCAGCAGUAAGCUGUACACAAAGGCAUGGGAUGAACAAAAGGCUAAAGCUUGCAACGUCAAAGAGGACGCCAUCUCUGUUCUAAGGGCCAAAGCUUCCAGAGACAUCAUUAGCGAUUACAAGUACAAGACAGGAUACCGCAAACAGGUCGGCCACCACAUCGGCGCCCGCUGUGUCCAGGAUGAUCCCCUCAUCAUGCUGGCUAUGAACUCAGCCAAGAUCGCCAGUGAUGUUCUGUACAAGAAGGACUUCAACAAGUCCAAGACCAAGUUCCACCUGCCAGUGGACAUGCUGAACCUGGAGCUGGCCAAGAAAUGCCAGAUCCAAGUCAACGACUUCAACUACAGAACCCACCUGCACCAGUGGACCUGUCUGCCGGACUCCAAUGACGUGGUCCAGGCCAGGAAGGUUUAUGACCUCCAGAGUGAUGCGGUGUACAGAGCCGAUCUCGAGUGGAUACGUGGCUGUGGAUGGAUGCCACAUGAAUGUGUGGAUGUUAUAAAAGUGAAACACGCACAAAAGAUUCUGGCUGAUAGAGGCUACCGUGUCAAGUUGGAUGAGCAGAAAUACACGGUUCCUGUGGACAGAGUUGACCUGGCCUGUGCCAAGAACGCUGCUGACGUCUUGAACGAGGCCAAAUAUCGUGAGGCUUGGCACCAGGACAAGACCAAGUACUCCCUGGUGGACAGCCCAACUCUUGCCACAGCCAGAGAGGUGGCGAAAAACGUUCACCCGAAACUGUACACAGAAGCAUGGGACAAGGUGAAAGCCACAGGAUACUUCAUGCCUCCAGAUGCCGUCCCCAUCAAACAGUGCAUAUCUACAACCAAAGUGCAGAGUAAACAUAAGUACCUGGAGGGAUACCGCAAACAGCUCGGCCAUCACAUCGGAGCCCUCAGUGUCCUGGAUGAUCCUCUCAUCGUGCUGGCUAUGAACUCAGUCAAAAUCGCCAGCGAUGUUCUGUACAAGAAGGACUUCAACAAGUCCAAGACUAAAUUCCACCUGCCAGCUGAUAUGCUGAAUCUUGAACUGGCCAAGAAAUGCCAGAUCCAAGUGAAUGACUUCAACUACAGGACUCGCCUGCACCAGUGGACAUGUCUGCCGGACUCCAACGACGUGGUCCAGGCCAGGAAGAUUUACGAGCUCCAGAGCGAUAAUGCAUACAAGGCAGAUCUGGAAUGGAUUCGCGGUUAUGGCUGGGUGGCAGCUGACUCUGUUGAACACGUCAAAGUCAAAAAGGCUCAGGAAAUUCUCAACGAUAGGCUUUACACGAAAAAUGCCAAAGAAGGAUUUGGAAAAUUCACCCUGGUUGUGGAUCGUCCUGAGAUUGUCUUGGCAAAAGUUAACGCUGCCAACCUCAGCGAUCUGAAAUACAAAGAAAGCUUCAAUGCUGAAAAAGGUCAUUACAUUGGCUCAGAUGACACUCCUCAACUGGCUCACAGCAGAGAGAUGGCUAAGACCAUCAGCGAGAAAUUGUACAAAUCUCAAUGGGACCACUCCAAGGCAACGGGCUACCAGCUGAACCAUGAGUACAUCCCCCUGGUCAGCGGCAAAAAGGGCAGGGAGAUUGCUAGUGAUGUCAAGUACAAGAUUGCCCAUGAGAAAGCCAAAGGUCACUACAUGGCUGGAACCCUGGUGGAUUUCCCUGAGGCCGUACGCUGUGGACAGCAGGAGAAGAAUAAGCCGAUGAGGAUCUACCAGAAAGACUACCAUCAAACUAAGACAAAGGUCCACCUCCCACCUGACAUCAUCGCUAACCAGGUAGCCAAGCGGUGCCAGGACAUGUUGAGCGAUGUCCUCUACCGUACCUACCUGCACCAGUGGACUUGCCACCCAGAACAGGAGGACGCCAUUCGUGCCAGAAAAACCAACGAGAUUCUCAGUGAUGUGUUCUACAAGGAUGACUUGAACUGGAUGAAGGGUAUCGGCUGUUAUGUUUGGGAUACGCCAGAGAUUAUUCGUGCCAAGAAGUCCUACGAUCUGCAAAGUGAACAUAAAUACAGAGUGGACGCCAAGAAGGGAUUCCACAACUACUCGAUUGUGACAGACACUCCCGAGUAUGUGACUGCUGUCCUGGGUCACACCUGGGCUAGUGACUUGAACUACAGGGAGGCUUAUCACAAGGAGAAGCACUUGUAUACCACUGUUCUGGACACAGCCGAUUACGCCAGAUGCCACAACUUCAAAUUAAUCUUCAGCAACAAAAACUACACAUCUGCUUGGGAUAAAAUCAAAGCGAAGAGCUACCAAAUUCCAGCUGACUCUAAUGCACUGCAACACGCCAAACAACAAAAGAUCGUUCUCAGCAAUGUCAAGUAUAAGACGGAUUAUGAGAAGUUCAAGUCACUUUACACUCUACCCAAGUCGCUUCAAGACGAUCCUGCCACCGCCCGCUGCGUCAAAGCUGGAAAACUGGUCUUGGAUCGUCUGUACAAAGAGAACUAUGAGAAAACAAAAGCCAAGAACCACAUUCCUCCAGACAUGAUGGAGAUCCUGUCGGCCCGCAACACGCAGGCCAGCGUCAGUGGGAUCAACUACCGUAAAUAUCUGCAUCAGUGGAUUUGUCUGCCAGACAUGCAGGUGUACGUCCAAGCUCGCAAAGUCAACGAGCAGCUCAGCGACAUUUUCUACAAGGAUGAUUUGAACUAUCUGAAGGGUAUUGGUUGCUACGCCUGGGACACUCCAGAGAUCAUCCGUGUGAAACAUGCUGGUAAUCUCCAGAGUGAGAGCAAGUACCGAGCUAAAGGUAUUGAGGCGUUCAAGGACUACACUGUGGUGACGGACACGCCAGUUUAUGAGACAGCCAAGCAGAACGCCCAAAACCUGAGUGAUCUUCAUUACCGCUACGACUACAACGCUAAUGUGAAGGGCACCAACACCUCUCCUGCUGUCACCGUUGAUACAGAAAGAGUACGCCUGGUCAACUCCAUCCAGAGUGAUAAUCUGUACAAAGAGGCCAACAGAAAGUCCAUGCCCACCGGUUACUCCCUGCCUAACGACACGCCGCUCAUCAAGCAGGCUAAGAUCAACCGUGUUGUCACCAGCAAUGUAAAAUACAAGGAGGCCUACGAGAUGACGAAGGCUAAGGGCUACACUCUUCAUCCAGAGGGCGUCAACUUUGUUGGUGCGAGAAACGCUCACAAGAUCAUCAACGACCGUCUGUAUCGUGAGACGUACCACAAGCAAAAGGACAAGAUCCACUCAACUUAUGACACUCCUGACAUCAAGCAAGUCAAGAUGAACCAAAAGAACCUCAGCGAUUUGCGCUACAAGGAGAAAUACUACAACAACAAAGGCCAGCUGAUCUCUAUGCCCAUAACGCCCGAGCUCAUGCACUGUUACCACGUCAACCAGAUCACCAGCGAGCUGAAAUACAAAGAAGAUCUGAUGUGGUUUAGAGGCGUCGGCUGCUUCUUGUACGACACCCCGGAGAUGGUCCACGUGCGCAACAUCAGCAAGUUCAGAACGAGCUAUCCAGUGGAGGCCAAGAAGAACCUCACCAACUUCAGCGUGGUCCUGGACACUCCAGAGUACAAGCGUGUGACUGAGCUGAAGACUCACAUGAGUAAUAUGAUCUACAAAGCUCAGAGCAAGCAGGACAUGGCUAAAGUUUCCACCACUGUAGAUUCUGUGGACAUUAAGAGAGUCAAGUGGGCGCAGCAGCUGAUUAAUAAGUACCAGUACACAGAUCUGGCAGCAAAGGAGAGAUCUCACUUCACUCCAGAAUCUGACACUCCAAAUAAUCAGCAUGCCAGGAAGAUGAAAGUGGUCUUCAGCGAAACCAAAUACAAAGAGCAGUAUGAGAAGAUGAAGCACAGGUACACUGCCAUUGCUGAUACACCUCUCCUGAUACGUUGCAAGAAAGCGUACCUGCAGUCCAGUGAUCUGCGUUACAAGGAGACCUUUGAGCUUUCCAAGGGCCACUACCACACAGACAAGGAUGCUCUGGACAUCGUCUGCCACCGCAAGUUCACCGAUGACAUCAGCGAGGUGAAAUACAGAGAGAAGUAUAUUAACUCUCUGGGUACGUGGAAGUCCAUCCCAGACCGUCCGGAGUUCUUCUUUAGCAGAAUAGUCAACGAUAACGUCAGCAACGUCAAAUACAAAGAAGACCUGGAGUUCUUGAAGGGCAUCGGAUGUUACGCGUGGGACACUCCUGAGCUGCAGCUGGCUGACAAGAACAAGGCACUGUACAGUGAGAGACUGUACAAAGCCUCCUUUGAGAAAAACAGAGGUAACUUCAAGUACACCUGCGACACUCCGGUCUUCAAGGCUGCAAAGAACGCCUCCAUGCUCAUCAACGACAAAAGGUAUAAAUCCAGAGCAAAGGAUCUGCUCAAGAGCGGCUGCAAUGAGUUGCUCCGUCCGGACAUCCUCACAGCCCUCUGCCAGUCCAUUAUGGGCAGUAAGUGGAAGUACAGGGAGCAGUACGAGCGCGCCAAAGACAAGUUCACGUCGGUUCUGGAGACUCCCGAGUACGAAGCUCACAAACGCAGCAAGAAGAUAACGGAUAUCAUCUAUAAGAUGGAGUACAACAAAACCAAAGCAAAGGGAUACACCUUGCCUUACGACACGCCACACCAGCAGCACAUGAAGAAGGUCAAGGAGAUCACCAGCAACCUGAAGUACAAGGAGGUGUACGAGAAGAGCAAAGCCCAGAUCAACAUGGACCCCGAGGCUCAUGAGAUCCGCGCUGCCAAGGAGGCCUACAAGAACAUCAGCAACCUCGACUACAAGAAGAAGUACGAGGCGACCAAGAACAAGUGGAUCUGGACGCCCAGCAGACCAGACUUUGUCAACGCCGCCAAAAACUCCUUGCAGCAGAGCGAUGUGGAGUACAAGUACGACAAAGAGAUGAUGAAGGGUUGCGUGAUACCUGUCUCUGAAGACAUGUACACCCAACUGUACAAGAAAAACGCUGAAAUGGCCAGUCAAGUGAAGUACAAGGAAAAAUAUGAAAAGUCCAAAGGACACUACGUGCCUGUUCUGGAUACUCCUCAAAUCCUCCAUGCCAAAGCUGUGCGCGUGCUCGCUUCAGAGAGCAAAUACAAGGAGGCCAGUAAGAAGACCAUGCAGUCCGGCUCAUUCACCACCCUGCCCGAGACUCGAGACACUGCCCACAGCAGGGAGGUCAAAAAGCUUGUCAGCACGAAACAGUACAAGGCGAAGUUUGAGAAGGAGAAGGGCAAGUCAGAGUAUAACCAAAUGAUCGUGCCACCGGAUGUUCAGCAUGCCAUGGAUGUGGCGAAGAGCCAGAGCAAUGUUGCCUACAAGAAAGACGCCAAAGCUAACCUGCACUAUACCACCGUGGUCGACCGGCCUGACAUCAGGAAGGCCACGCAGGCUGCCAAACUGAUUAGUGAGAUCGGCUACCGUGAGAAAGCCCGUGAAGAGGCCAGCCGUGGGGGCUCCCUGGUUAACCGCCCAGACAUCGCUUUGGCAACGCAUGUGUCCCAGCUGACCAGCCAGGUGGAGGCCAAGGCCUCCCUCCAUGGAGCUUCUUCCUAUGACACCCCCCUGAUGCGCCACAUUAAGAAAAUGAAUGCAGUGACUAGUGAUGUGAAGUACAAGGAGAAGUUUGAUAAAGAGGUGAAAGGAAAGAAACCGCAGUUUGACCUGAAGGAGAGCAAGAUUUACAAAACUCUGAAGGAUGCUAAUGACCUGGCUAGUGAGGUGAAGUACAAGGGUGACCUGAAGAAGAUCCACAAACCUGUGACCGACAUGGCUGAGUCUCUGUCCAUGCAGCACAGCCUGAGCACCAGCAAACUGUCCAGUGACUACCGCUACAAGAAGAAAUUUGAGGAGAGUAAGGGUCACUACCACAUGAUUCCCGACACACCAGAGCAGCUUCAUCACAAGGAGGCUUCUGAACUUCAGAGCAACGUUAAAUACAAGGAGAAGUAUGAGAAAGAGAAGGGUAAACCCAUGCUGGACUUCGAGACACCCACCUACGUGACCGCUAAGGAGGCCCAGCACCUGCAGAGCCAGAAAGACUAUAAGAAGGACUAUGAGGAGCACAUGAGGGGGAAAAACCUCUCAGGCUUGGAGGUCACCCCCGCCAUGAUUCAUGUCAGACACGCCACCAAAAUAGCCAGUGAGAAAGAGUACAGGAGGGAUCUAGAGGAGGGAGUGAAGGGUAAAGGGCUAACUGCACUGGAGGAAACUCCGGAGCUUUUGAGAGCAAAGAAUGCCACUCAUAUCCUGUGUGAGAGAGAAUACAAGAAGGCGCUGGAGCAGGAGAUAAAGGGCAAAGGAAUGUUGGCUUUAGCUACAGACACCCCAGACUUUAUGAGAGCCAGGAACGCCACAGAUAUCCUGAGUCAGGCUAAGUACAAGCACACUGCUGAGAUGGACAGAGCCAGCUACACGACUGUCAUCGACACCCCUGACAUCAUCCACGCUCAGCAAAUGAGGAACAUUGUCAGCCAGAAAAAGUACAAAGAAGAAGCUGAGAAGACCAUGUCGCACUACGUACCAGUCCUCGACACCCCAGAGAUGCAGAGGGUCCGUGAGAACCAGAGGAACUUCAGCACUCUUCAGUACCAGACUGACCUAAAAAACAUAAAGGGCAAAGUGUCUACUGUAAAGGACACACCUGAAAUGCUUCGCGUUAAAGAAAAUACAAAGAAUUUCAGCUUGAUAAAAUACAAGGACUCUUUGGGUCGAGGCACAGCAAUACCGGACCUACCAGAGGUGAAGCGGGUCAGAGAAACCCAGAAGCACAUCAGCUCGGUGUUGUAUAAGGACAGUUCAGUCAAGGGAACCCCGGUGGUGUUUACUCCAGAGAUGGAGCGAGUCAAAAGGAACCAAGAAAACAUUAGCUCGGUGCUGUACUCCGACAGCUUCCGUAGGCAGGUGCAGGGCAAGGCCGCCUUCGUUCUGGACACACCUGAGAUGAGGCGCGUCAGGGAGACUCAGAGGAUCAUUUCUGGGGUGAAAUACCACGAAGACUUUGAGAAGAGCAAGGGCAGCUUCACUCCCACAACCUCCGACCCCGUGACGGAGCGUGUGAAGAGAAACACGCAGGACUUCAGUGACAUCAGCUACCGUGGCAUCCAGAGGCGCGUGGUGGAGAUGGAGAGGAGGCGCGCCAUGGAGCACGACCAGGAGACGACCACUGAUCUGCGUGUGUGGCGCACAAACCCCGGCUCUGUGUUUGACUACGACCCUGCUGAGGACAACAUCCAGUCCAGGAGUCUGCACAUGAUGUCAGUACAAGCCCAGCGUCGCAGCAAGGAGCACUCCCGCUCCACCAGUGCAUUGAGCGGCAUGGCUGAUGAGAAGUCCGAGCUGUCCCAGGAUGUUGACCACCACCUGUCCCUCUACAGCAAUGGCUUCAUGACGAGCUCUAUGGGCUACCAGCAGGCUAAAACUGUGGAGGUGCAGCAGAGGUCGUCUUCUGUGGCCACCCAGCAGACUACAGUCUCCUCUGUCCCCUCUCACCCCUCCACCACCGGAAAAACCGUGCGGGCCAUGUACGACUACGCUGCGGCGGACAGCGACGAGGUGUCAUUCAAAGACGGCGAUGUCAUCGUCAACGUGCAGUCCAUCGACGAGGGCUGGAUGUACGGCACCGUGCAGCGCACCGGCAAGACCGGCAUGCUGCCGGCCAACUAUGUGGAAGCAAUUUAAAGACAAAAGCCCGCCCACCGUCCCUCCAGAGUGGGCGAGACCCAUCCACAGGCCCAGCUGACCGCUGUUCCACCAUGUGGCUUAGUGCAAUGUGUAGCAUUUAGUUUCUUGUUGCUGUUUAACGGUUAUUUAAUUGUUUGGUUCUCGUUGGUAAGACUUUAUUAUUCAUACGCUGCUGUUCUGCUACCUGUGGAUGUGAGAAGAUUCAGGACACGACGCAACUCCUUCUAACACAUGGCUACCGUUAACGACUAUUUUAGAUUGUUGAAAUUGUUCCUAGUCUCUAUCGCAUAAAAGACUCACUAACAAGCAGCCACACUCAUUAUUUUGUACAUUCAAGCAAUUUGAUGCCAUAAUUUAAUGUCCAGUAUACUAUACUGAGUAAUUUCUAACGAACUUGGGCUUAAUUUGCCCCAAUUAUCCUUCCAAUGGAGAUUAGGAUGAAUAAAAGACAAGGAGUCAGUUACCACCGACCUGCUCCAUGAUGCAAUCACUCCUGAAGAGUUCAGUGAGACAAACCUCAGUCUUCCUUCCUUUUAAAAGAAGGCUGCUAAUGAAUUAAUGCAACGUGUGUUUUGUUUCUUCAGAUUAUUUAGGUCCUGGCUGAGGCUCGUCCUCUACCUUUAAUCUGUAGCUAAUAAAGCACACAAGCUCCUGCAGAA